UCCAGGAAUUGUUUAUUAAGUCUACGUAUUAUGUCCUACUAGAUGUAAAAUCGUAAAAGUUCACUAAGGUACAUAAUGCUUAAUUUUGACAUGCGGUACUGCUGCAUUAUCGUAAUUUCGAUUUCUUUUAUCUAGAAUUGAUUUACUGAUAUACACGCGUUGUCGCGUUUCAAUCACCGUACAAUAAUUAUACGAGUAUUACGAGCCUAUAUGAGCUAAAAAUAUUUCCGAGAAGUUGUGACGACGACGGCCGAUAACGCUGUUAUAUUUUAAUCGCUAUUAUAGAUAAAUAUUUGUUGUCUGAUAUAUACGACGUUUAGUAUCGCACGUAGUACGUACCUACUAACUACUAAGACAGUGGAUUGUAACGAGUGUUUUUAUUUGUUGGUUAAAUAAAAUAAUAAUAAUACACCUAAGCAUAAUGAAAAGAACUCAACAAUCAUUGUUGCAUUUUUAUAAAAAAUCUAAACAGUCCACCGAAUCCAUCGAUGAUACAGUUCCAUCUACAUCGAAUGUUUUACAAGAUAAUAACAUUAUUGCAACACUUGAAACAGAAAAAAAAGCUCCAAGUCCACCAGUUAUUUCUCCGGUAAUUGAACCUAGUUUAAAAUGUUUAGAUUCUAAGCUUGAUAUAGGAGGUUAUGUUGAAUGCAAGAAUAAUUUAAGUGACGAAGAGAAAGUUUCAAUUUUGCAAAACGUAUGGACACCCGAUUUAAAGUUUAAUUUCCCAUAUGACAAUAGUGGAAAAUAUAAACGUAAAUUUCAAAUUAAAUGGCUUGAAACUUUCAAAUGGUUAGCAUAUUCAAAAUUAAGAGAGGGUUUAUUUUGUAAAUUCUGUGUACUGUUCUUAAAUUUAAAUCAGGUUGGUAAGGGAUCACAUGAGAAGUUAGGUAAACUUGUUUUAAAACCCUUGACAAAGUUAAAAGACGCAUUGGAAGACUUUAAAAAUCACGAAAAAAAUGAUUACCAUAAAAAUUCGUUACUUACUGCUGACAACAUAAAAGCAAUUUUAGAAAAAAAACAAGAUAAUAUAUUAGUACAAUUAAAUAGUAAACGAAAAGAUGAAGUUAUAAAAAAUCGCGCAAAACUUAAGCCAAUUAUUCAAACAAUUCAAUUAUGUGGUAGACAGCAAAUAGCGUUACGGGGGCACGAAGAUUCUGGUAGAAUUUCUUUAGAAGAACCAAAAAAUAACGAUGGCAAUUUUCGUUGUUUGCUUCGAUAUCGCUCGAAAAAUGGUGACAACGUGUUAAAAGAACAUUUGGAAACUAGUGGUUGUAAAUCUAUGUAUACAAGUCCACUUAUACAAAACGAAAUAAUAAAUUUGUUUGGUGAUUUAAUUCAGUCAAAAAUUCUUGAAAGAGUUUUAAAAACUAAUUUUUAUACAAUACUUGCAGACGAAACGACUGAUAUUUCUCAAAUUGAACAGUUCUCAUUAUGUAUUCGUUAUGUUGACGAGCAGGUUUUUUCAAUUCGAGAAGAUUUUCUUACAUUCGUUCCGGUAUAUGAUAUAUCUGGUGAAGGUUUGGCUAACACGAUUAAAGAAACAUUAAAAAAAAUUGGUUUUGAUUUGAAUAAAAUGCGAGGUCAGGGUUACGACGGGGCUGCAGCAAUGCGUGGUCGUUUUAGAGGUGUUCAAGCAAUUAUUAAAGAUAUGUACCCAAAAGCAUUAUACACACAUUGUGUAUCACACUCACUAAAUCUUUGUUUAUCGGAUGCUACAAAAUCUCAAGAUAUUCGAAAUGCUUUUGGUAUAAUAAGUGAAUGCUGUUCUUUUUUUAACAGUUCGGUAAAACGAACUACAGUCUUCAAAAAUAAAAUAAAAGAAAUUAAACCAAAUUCACAAUCUACAAAAUUGAAAUCUUUAUGUGAAACUCGCUGGGUGUUACGCCAUGAAGCAGUUAUGCUUUUUAAAGAAUUUGUAGAGCCCGUUGUAGCUGCAUUAGAAGAAGUGCAAAGUGAAUGUUCUGGGACCGAUUCUUCAAAAAGAGCUAAUAGCCUUUUACAUUGUAUUUGCAACUUUAAUUUUUUAAUAUCUAUUUGUGUGUCCAGUAAACUAUUAAGUUAUACUUAUAAUUUAUCGAAAUAUUUACAAAGCAAAAAUAUUGAUUUAUUUAAUGCUCUUAAUCAAGUUUCCGGUGUAAUUUCUGUGUUUCAAUCCAUAAGAGAAAACGUUGAUUUAAAAUUUAACAAUAUUUAUAAAGAAGCCAAAGAUGUUGCUGAAAAGUUAAAUAUUGAACCAAAAAUGCCUCGUAUUUGUAGCAGUCAAAGAAAUAGAAGCAAUGUACUAUCUAACAACAUUGAAGAAUAUUACAAAAAAUCUAUUUUUAUACUGUACUUGGACGAUUUGAUGAUGGCAUUAAAUGAAAGAUUUAUACUUCACAAUGAAACUAUAACUUCAUUACAAUAUGUCUUACCAAGUAUUGUUGUUGAAAAACCAUUUUCUUAUUUAAAAAAAGCUGUUGAAUUUUAUGAAAAUGAUUUACCGGGGCUAAACGACGUUAUAGAAGCAGAGUACGAAAUUUGGCAAGCUAAGUGGAAGAAUAUUGAAGACAACUUAAGGCCCAAAACUGCUAUAGAGGCUUUGAGUGUCUGUGAUAAUUUAAUGUAUCCAAACAUGUAUGAAUUACUAAAAAUUCUAGCUAUAAUACCAGUAUCCACCGCUACAGCUGAGCGCAGCUUUUCAACGUUGAGAAGACUCAAAACGUAUUCAAGAAAUACAACUUCAGAAUCCAGACUAGUGGGACUUGCCCUUUUAGCUAUUCACAGAGACAUUGACAUACCAGAUGACAUUUUAUUAGAUAAAUUUGCUAACAGUGGCAAAGAAAGAAAUUUAAAUUUGAUUUAA